AUGAAUAGUUCAAAUCAGACUGGGAUGACUACGGAAGACAUAAGAUCCAAUCCUAUGUUGUCCGAUCUGAGUUAUAUAUUUCAUAUGUUGAUUGCCUCAUCAUUACUUUUCAUUCAAGCAUCACUCUUACAUCCAUGUUUUGCUAAAAAUAAAUUAGCUAAAUACGUUCGAAUCGGUUUAACACCUAUAAACUUUUUCUUAUUCAUCUCUCAACCGUUUAGAAGGUCAUCUAGAUUACCUGAAAGUUAUGAUACUUUUGCUCAAAUGGGAUGGUAUUCUAACUCGAUCAUGUUUGCAACUUUUGCAUUAGAUUUUGGUUUUGCUAAUGAAGCUUAUUAUAAAAGACCUUUAGAAAAUUCUCAGGGGAUUUAUCAAUGGAAGAAAAUUACAGAUCAAGAUGAAUUAAAACGUUUAAAAAAAUCACAAGAAAAUGAAAGUUUGAAUUUUUCUGACUUAUUUUUCUGGACUUUAUCAGUUACGACUUCAUUUAGAGGCUUACAGUUUAAUUGGGGACAUAAAAAGAAAGCAAACAAUCAAACUGUGCAACAAAUGGUUUCAAGAGUCAUCAAAGUUGCAAUUCCACUUGCUUUGGCUGGUUUGGUUAUCAUUCAAACUCAUCGUUCCCCUCUAAAGACUCCAAUCUCAGCUUUAAAUUCAAUAGGCAUACCAAACUUAUGGGGAUUAAGUCUGAUAUCAGAAUGGGCUCAUAGAUUUUGUUUCGGAGUUUUUCUGUCCAGCUCAAUGGAUUUACAAUACACAGUCUUAACCAUCCUAUUACAUUAUUUACAUCAAUAUUUAAUCAAAUUUGAUUUAUCAAAGGAUUUAUUAGAAUUAAUCAAUCCAGUUUAUUAUCCACCACUCUUUGAUUCACCUCAUCUAGCAAGUUCCUUAAAUGAUCUUUGGAGUAAUAGAUGGCAUGCAAAUUUGAAAAGAAGUUUCUUGGUGUUAGGUGGUAGACCUACUUUUUGGUUCUUCAAUCAAAUCUUGGGAUUUAAUUUUAACAUUUCUAGAAUUGGUGGUUUAGUGGGUACGUUUGUUGCAAGUGGGAUUUUACACGAAUAUGUUGUCUUUGCUUUACUUUAUCCUUCGAAACCUUUAAAUCAUCUCUUUGAUCAAUUUCCUGCUCAAUCUAUUGGAAUCAUCAUAGAAAGUUUUAUUCCAAAGAAAUUUUCAAAACUCUUUUGUUGGCCAUUUGUACUUUGUACUUCUAAAGUAUUUGUGGAUAGAUAUUUGAUUGAUGCAAAGAUUUUGGAUUUAUCGCUCAACUUCAAGUAG